CGCAUCUCCGAAUAUUUGUUCCCUUGAAGCAGCAACCAUCACCACCACCUCCUCCUCACCCCCCACCACACAGCUCGCAUCCACACAUCCACACAUCACAAUGGCCCUAGUCGCCUACUCCGACUCGGAAGCCUCCGACUCCGAACCCGAAACCACCACCACCACCAUCCUCAAGAAGUCCACAACCACAACCACAACCACAACCACAACCACCGCACCAGCCCCCUCAUCAACAACAAAACCCUUCCAAAUCGACCGCACCAACCCCCGAAAAAUCCGCGUCGCCCUCUCCGACCUCAAACCCGACCCCAGCACCCGCAACAACUCCGAAGACACCGACGGACCCGCGCGCAAGAAGCCCCGAACCGGUGGGAGUGGCGGCGGCGGCGCAUUCGCGGGAUUCAAUGCGCUCCUCCCUGCGCCCAAGAAACCCACCGCCACUCCCAAACCCUCCGCGACCGGAUCCAGCCGGAAGGUAUUCAGUCUGAAGACGGGGGCGACGCCGGGGUUCGAUCGGCAAGCGGACGCGGAGAUGCGGAGUGAGAUGGCGUUUGGGCGGUUAGGCGGGAAUGGGGAUGGGGAUGGGGAUGAGACGAUUCCCAAGGCGGGGAGUUGGCGGGAUGAGUUGGAUGGGGAGCACUUCGGGCAAGGGGAGGAGGAUCUGAAAACGAAGACGAAUACAAAUACAAUCACAAACCCACCGCCGCAGGAGGUCAAAUUGACGGGGAAUCCGAUGAUGUUCAAGCCUUUGUCGGUGGGGCGGGGCACGCAGGGGAAAGGGAAGCGGAAGGCCGCUGGUGGGCCGAUUGCUGUUGUUUCCGGGAGUGGUGGUGUGUCGGGGGCGUUGAAGAAGGAUGUUGAAGGUGGUUCGUCUGCUGGUACGACUGCUGGUACUGGUGCUGGUGCUGGCACUGCUGCUACGACGGCGACGGCGCCAGCACCAGCCAAACCCAAGAUCAGUCUGUUCUCACUCUCCUCGUCAACCGAGGAGACCGCCACCGCCAUCGCCACCGGCACCGCACCGACAGCACCAACACCAGCGCCAGCAGCGUACGAACCCCUAGUCUACACCAGCGCUCACGAAGCAGCGGCGCCCGCCGCCGGCCCCGAACCCGACCUCCCACACCCCUCCUACCCAGCACCCACCGGCAACACCACCAACAAUCCCCUCAGCGCCAUCGCCGACGACCUCAACCUCACCCGCGCCCAACGGCGCCAGCUCUUCGGCCGUCGGUCCGCCGACCCCUCCGGCACCACCGCAACCGCGGCCGCCCCGCGCGUCCUCCACUUCAACACCGACCAGGAGUACGCCGCCAACCAGCAGAUGGCCCACGAGGACCUCGCGGCCGCGCAGCAUAACCCCGUCCGCGCGAUCGCGCCGGGCAAGCACACGCUGCAGCAGUUGGUCAGUGCGGCGAGCACGCAGCGGGAGGCGCUGGAGGAGAGUUUCGCGACGGGGCGGAGGAACAAGAAGGAGGCCGGGUCCAAGUAUGGGUGGUAGAUGGUUGUCUCUCUUUGUUGGCUGGGUUGGGUGGUGAUUGGGGGCGAGUCUUGGGCUAAAGGCUCAAGGCUAAGGGGGAAGUGGGAAGGUUGGAGGUGACGUCUGAUGCCGAAGUCCUGGCUGUGUGUGUAGUUACCACUUGAUUGGUUUUCUCCGAGGGAUAUGGGGAACUGCCCUUCUAAAUCCGAAUGAAAUAUGGCAGACUUAAGUCUGUCCGGGAGAAUCUGCACCUAAGAGUGUCUGGUAGCGAAGUUGGGCGAAACUGCGCAGCUAUGUUGCUGCAUGUUGGAGUGUGUCAUCUUGGUUCAUGAGAUAAAUGAUA